UCACGUUCUUGUGGUCAAGGACACAGCAAAGAAGCAAUGGCACAGAAAGAAAGAGAGAGAGAAAGAGAGAAGGGUGCGGGUUGAGGGGCUAUCGAUGGCGUAGGUAUAUAUGGUCGUCCUCUCGCGUUCGGAAUACCAGAUUCGUGCGUCCAGAUUAGUCCUCUCUAUCGAGGCCUCUGUGUGGUGCUUUUUAAAAUUCAUCGCGAACGACUAACAACGGACAUCGAAGAAGAAGAAGAAGAAGAGGAAGAGACCGAUCACUUUCAGUGAUUCUUUUGAUCAGUGUUGUCAAACCGCGUGCUACCGUCCGAUCGUUUCAAACCUUUUCAGUCUCAACAUUUUAAGGGUUGAUCGGCAGAAUCGACAAAGCAGAACAACACCUCGACGUUUCCUGGAGAAUGACUUUUCAAAGUCUUACUCCCGGUACGAUGCUGAUCGGAAUCGUUUUUUUGCUGAUCUGCUCUUCUUAUGCGGGACCAUUACACGAUGUACCAGCGCGAGAAAUCUUACCACCACCACCUUGGAAAUCUCGAACAACACAAGACAGUUCUGAGAUCUUAAAUGAAUAUGGCUUUCAACGUGGUGCUGUUGAAAGCCCGCCUAGAUCUAUCGAAUUCGAUCGUUUUCAAGAUCAAUCGAAAGAAAAUAUUGAAUUUGGAUCACAUAGGAUUCCACUUCGCGAUGCUGUCGAAGCUUUACCUUCGAGUAGUAUCAAACUUUCUAAAGAUCCAAAAAACGAAGACUAUUCAGCUUCAGCAAGAAUCAUGGAACAGAGAUUACCACUUAGGGAUGCUGUUGAACAUCGAGAGGCACCCUUCUUCGGGGGAGUAGAACACGAAUCUAUAUGGAUCGAACCGCUUGCACCACCUACUUUAGGUAGAAUUCAACGAAUUCUCGAUCCAAAAGUCGUCUGUCGUUUUGAUUCCCGAGCAGCUUAUAGGAUGGAACCGUUUUCUUUAUUAUCUGGAUCUUUGCCGGAUUACAAAUGUACUCACUUAAUAUAUGCUGGAGCUAAUCUGGAUUCAGAUUUCAAAGUGAUACCCUGGAAUUAUGAAUAUGAUGAAAUUAAAGGUGGUUAUAAGACAGCUAUAGAUCUUCGUUCAAGAGAUCCAGCAUUACGUAUUCUUAUCUCGAUCAUGUUUCCCAGCGAAAGAUUUAAAUCCAGUAAAUUGAAUGAAGCUGAUUAUGAACAAAUUUCUCAGUCUAUACUGAGUUUUAUCCGUCAACAAGAUUUCGAUGGUGUCCUGAUAGAUUGGCAAAUAGAAGACGCGUGGCAAACGAAUGCUAUGACAGAAUUAAAGAUUUUCUCGAAAAUCCUAAAAAAGAAUUUAGCAGACGAAGAAUUGUCCUCAGCUAUUGCUCUCCAUGCUGAAGAUCGUGUCCAUCGAGAAACCAUUUCGAAUUUUGAUUUAGUGAUACUGAAGCCUUGGCGAAGCGAAUUCAAUUUAAGAAGAGACAAGUUUGCUCUUCAUCCUGCACCACUUAAAACCGUGAUUCGUGCAGUUAAUAAGUGGUUCGAACGAGCUGGCAUGGAACAAGCAUCUAAAACUGUAUUAGGCUUGCCAAUUUUCGGUGAUGGAUACACACUUAAAUUUGGAAACUUCACUGAUGCUGGUGCUCCAAUUUUAGGACCUGGAAUCCCUGGUCCAUAUACCAGAGCAUCUAAUGGAAGACUCGCUUAUUACGAAAUAUGCGAACGAUUGGAAGAAGGUUCAUGGAUAUCUGGGAGAGACGAAGAUGGUCCAUAUGUGAAACGUGGAGAUCAAUGGAUUGGAUACGAAGAUCCUAUAUCAAUGAAGAUAAAAGCAGCAUAUAUUCGAUCAAACGGACUUGCUGGUAUCUCUUUAUGGUCUCUGGAUUUGGAUGAUUUUCAGGGUAUUUGUGGUAAUCCAUGGCCAAUGUUGAAUACUGCAACGAAUGCACUAGGACUUUAUGAAAGUACGUCUAUUAAAAAAUGUUCUGAAAAGGGUCUUUUCGCUGAUCCAGGGAACUGUUCUGGAUUUUAUUCUUGCGUUAAAGGUAAAAUGUAUCACGGUUAUUGUGGUCCCAAACGGCUGUUCGAUCCUGUACUAGGACGUUGUAUUAAGACUGAUCCAGAGAUUUGUAAACCUGGUUAUUCCGAUCAAAUUAUUUUACAUGAAGUGGACUCUGUCGUUAAUCAAAACGGAAUAAAGAAGGAGAAUUAUGUGGAAGAAUUGACACAAAAUGGUCCACGAGUUGUUUGCUACGUCACUUCAUGGGCAAUUUACCGAAAAACAGAUGGAAAGUUUGUACCAGAACGUUUGGAUUCUCGUUUAUGUACUGACAUUAUUUAUGCGUUCGCCAGUUUAAAUCCAGAUACUUUGUUGAUACAGACUUUUGAUCCUUGGGCCGAUAUAGAAAAUGGUUUAUACGAACGAGUGACAUCGAUUAAAGGAACCAGGAUCCUUUUAGCUCUUGGUGGUUGGACCGACAGUUCUGGCGACAAAUAUUCUCGAUUGAUAAGCAAUGGUGUUUCUCGUCGAAAAUUCAUUUCAGCUACGAUAAGUUUCUUAAAGAAACAUAACUUCGAUGGUUUGUCACUCGAAUGGAAUUAUCCGAAAUGUUGGCAGAGCGAUUGUAAGAAAGGUCCAGAUUCUGACAAACCUAAUUUCACGAAGCUUCUUCAAGAAUUAAGAAAGGAGUUUGACAAACAAACACCCAGACUCACAUUAGCAGUAGCUUUGUCAGGAUAUAAAGAAGUUAUCGAUCAGGCUUAUGAAGUUGGAGAGAUUUCACGUGAAGUAGAUUUUGCUUCAGUAAUGACAUAUGAUUAUCAUGGUGCUUGGGAAUCGAAAACAGGUCAUUUGGCACCUUUAUAUGAAAUGAAUAACAAUGGCCGAACAUAUUAUAACGUUAACUUUACAAUGGAAUAUCUUGUACGUCUUGGAGCGGACAAAUCAAAAUUGUUAAUUGGAAUACCAUUAUAUGGUCAAGCCUAUCAUCUCUCUGAUACUCGUAGAACGGGGCUUGGUGAUCCAGCUACAGGCCCUGGUCUACCUGGAGAAUUUACAAAACAACCAGGAAUGUUAGCUUACUAUGAAAUAUGUGACAGAAUUAAGAGACAUGAUUGGACUGUAGGAUCAGGACCAAGUGCUUAUCAUAAAGAUCAAUGGGUAGGCUAUGAAGAUCGAAAGAGCGUAUUUCAGAAGGGUGAAUAUAUAUUACGAAAUAAUUAUGGUGGAGCCUCAAUGUGGACCGUCGAUUUGGACGAUUUCUUAAAUCGUUGCUGCGUGGAGAGUUUUCCGCUUCUUAAAGCUAUAAAUCGUGCAUUAGGCCGUUCUCGUACACCGACAUCAAACGAUAUGAAAGAAGAUUGUCAGAGACCAGAAGAACCUGUGACACCACCAGAACCAACAAUGACGACUCAUAGCGAUGCCGUCGAGGGUGGCCCAGCUUCAACAAAGCCAAUGUCAACGUUAACGACUAAAGCUACUACGUGGCCAACAUGGACAGAAAAACCAAGUACAACGACACAACCCAGUUGGACUCAGAAACCUACCAUAUCAUCGAGUCAUCAUCACCACCAUCAUCAUGAGACAUCAACAAUACGCACCUCGACAGUUACAUGGGCUCCAAGUUAUUUACCACCCGUUACUACUGCCUCUAGUACAACAGAGAAUAUUCCAAUAUCUCCUGUAUCGUGCAGUGAAGGUCAAUAUACUCCUGAUCCUGUUGAUUGCGGAAGUUAUUAUCGAUGCGUUCUUAAAGAGUUAAAACGAGAACGCUGUGCACCUGGAUUACACUGGGACAAAUCACGUAGUAUAUGCGACUGGCCAUCAAUUUCAAAAUGCCAAGCCGAUAUCAGUACUACAUCAACGCAUAGACCUAUCUGGAACUCCUCGAGAAAGACAACAAUCUCUUCAACGCAAAAGCCAACAUUAACAUGGACCACAUCAACAUGGACUACUUCUAAUACAUAUCGUCCAAGUACGACUAAAAAACCCACCGUUGUCAUGAUAACAACAGAAAAACCGAUGAAAGAAUGCGAGCAUGGUCAAUAUUAUCCCUAUCCAAAUUCCUGUAUAAACUUUUUAGUCUGCGUUAAUGGGAAUCUGGUGUCUCAACAAUGCGGUCCAGGAUUAAAUUGGAACGAGGAAAAAAAUAUGUGUGAUUGGGCAUACAAAAAACCAUGUAAUGAGAAACCAAUGAAGAAUGCUUUGCUCGUCACAAAGGAUACAGUUUCGAAGACCUGUAUCUCUGGUAGUUAUAGUCACGUACCUGGUGAUUGUGGAAGUUACCGAGCUUGUUUAUGGGGCCGUCAAGAAAUCUUCCGUUGCGCUCCAGGGUUGCACUUCAAUAAGCGUAGUCGUAUUUGUGAUUGGCCAUCGAGAGCUAAUUGUGAAGAAGAUAUUGACGAUAAGGAGGAUGUAACUGAAAAGCCUAGCACGAAACCUCCUCUCGAAAUUGGAUUUGCUACUACAUCAAUUACUGAGAGGCCUAUAAUGACUACUACAAAAAAAGCUCCAACGACUCAGACUACGACUCAAUCCACGACUUUAUCUCCUGCUGAAAUAGAUCCUGAUAAGGUUUCACCUCUUUCAGGAUAUUUUAAGGUUGUUUGCUAUUUCACAAAUUGGGCAUGGUAUCGCAGAGGUGUAGGACGAUAUUUACCCGAGCACAUAGAUCAUACUCUUUGCACUCAUAUUGUUUAUGGAUUUGCUGUAUUGGAUUAUUCUGAUUUGAUAAUUAAAGCUCAUGAUUCUUGGGCCGACUAUGAUAAUCGAUUCUAUGAACGUGUCAUAGCUUAUAAGAAACGCGGCUUGAAAGUAUUGUUGGCUUUGGGAGGAUGGAAUGAUUCGGCUGGUGACAAAUAUAGUCGUUUGGUAAAUAAUCCUGCAGCAAGACAGAAAUUUAUUGAUCAUGCUAUUAAAUUUAUCGAAAAAUACGGUUUUGAUGGUUUGGACUUGGACUGGGAGUAUCCAGUAUGCUGGCAGGUGGAUUGCAAGAAAGGGCCAGCCUCGGAUAAAGAAAGUUUCGCUGCACUAGUAAAGGAAUUAAGUAUUAGCCUAAAACAGAAAGGACUAUUAUUAACAGCUGCUGUCUCUCCUAGUAAAAAAGUAAUUGACAACGGGUACGAUGUACCUACCUUAGCAAAAUAUUUGGAUUGGAUUGCAGUCAUGACGUAUGAUUAUCAUGGACAGUGGGAUAAGAGGACUGGACAUGUUGCUCCGAUGUAUUCUCAUCCAGAUGAUGAAUUUUAUUAUUUUAAUGCGAAUUAUUCGAUAAAUUACUGGAUCGCAAAAGGUGCACCAUCUAGAAGUAUAGUCAUGGGAAUGCCAUUGUACGGACAAUCUUUCACAAUAAACGAUCCAAAAGCUGGAGUUGGCUUGAAUGUGCCAGCAAGUGCUGGUAAUGCUGGUGAAUUCACAAGAGCAGCAGGAUUUUUAGCGUAUUACGAAAUUUGUAAUCGAAUUCGUAAUCACGGCUGGACCGUCGUUCAAGAUCCUGAAAAAAGAAUGGGACCAUAUGCUUAUAAGGGAAGUCAAUGGGUUAGUUUCGAUGAUGCUGAUUCGAUACGACGGAAAGCUCAGUUUGUCAGAAACAUGAAUCUUGGAGGAGGAAUGGUCUGGGCAUUGGAUCUUGAUGAUUUUAGAGGACGAUGCGAAGAAGGGCCUCAUCCACUCAUGCAUACGCUACAACAAGUACUCUCUGAACCUCCGAAUCAGUACGACAAACCAAUUAAGCCACCAGCUGUUGGAAGUGAACUAGAAUGGAAAAUACCUACUGCUUCGGAGAUUACUUCAACGCCAAUUUCUACAACAUUGAUGGAAGUUGAAACUAUUGCACCUGUGCACACCACUUCGAUAAAACCUGAUGGUGGAAAAGGAUUUAAAGUUGUUUGUUACUUCACUAAUUGGGCAUGGUAUCGACAAGAAGGUGGAAAAUUUCUUCCAGAAGAUAUAGACGGUGAUCUUUGUACACACAUCAUUUACGGCUUUGCUGUUCUCGAUGGUUCCAGCUUAACAAUAAAGACUCACGACAGUUGGGCCGAUAUAGAUAACAAAUUUUAUGAAAGGGUAGUCGCCUAUAAAUCGAAAGGUAUUAAAGUAUUGUUAGCUAUCGGAGGAUGGAAUGAUUCGGCAGGUGACAAAUACAGUCGUCUAGUAAAUUCACCUAGUGCUAGACAAAGAUUCACAUCACAUGUUUUACAAUUCCUUGAAAAAUACGGUUUCGAAGGACUCGAUUUAGAUUGGGAAUAUCCUGUUUGUUGGCAGGUCGAUUGUAAAAAAGGUCCAAAAUCUGAUAAAGAAAGCUUCGCACUUUUAGUACAACAUUUAAGUGAAGUCUUUAAACCAAAGGGUCUACUGUUAUCCGCAGCUGUUUCACCGAGUAAACGGGUUAUCGAUGCUGGCUAUGACGUGGUUUCCUUAGCAAAAUAUUUAGACUGGAUAUCCGUGAUGACGUAUGAUUAUCAUGGCCAGUGGGAUAAGAAAACCGGACAUGUAGCUCCGCUGUAUGCACUUCCCAAUGAUUGGGAACCUACUUUCAAUGCCAACUUUUCAGUUCAUUAUUGGCUAGAACAAGGUGUACCCCCAAAAAAAUUAGUGAUGGGUGCACCUAUGUACGGUCAAUCCUUCUCUUUAGCAGAAAGAACUCAAAGGGGAUUAAAUGCACCAACAUAUGGUGGUGGAGAAGCCGGCGAAGCUACUAGAGCAAGAGGUUUCUUAUCUUAUUAUGAAAUCUGUGAAAGAACUUUAAAGAAAGGUUGGUCGGUAGUUCAAGACAGUCAGAGACGUAUUGGCCCCUAUGCUUAUUACGGGGAUCAAUGGGUUAGCUUUGACGAUGCGAAACAAAUCAGAAUUAAAGCAGAAUUAAUAAAAAAACUUAAUCUUGGAGGUGGCAUGAUUUGGGCAUUGGAUCUAGACGAUUUCAAGAAUAGAUGUGGUUGCGAACCUAGUCCUUUGUUAAGGACAAUGAAUAGAGUUUUGAGAAAUUAUCCUGAAGGACCACUUUGUCCAGUAGUAUCAGAAUCCACUUCCAUUGAUAUUGAUCAAUCCACAACGCAAACGAUAAGUACUUGGUGGCCGACAACCGAGUCAACGGCAUCUACAUCUCGGCCAAGCUAUUUGCCACCUGCAACAACAACAACAACAAUGACAACAACUACGGAAGAAUUAGAUACGUCAUCCGAAGAAAAUGAUACUGUUGAAAUAAUAGCUGGUCCACCUCCGAUAGGUAUUGCACCUUUAGGUGAUUGUGGUGAGAAAUUAUUUAUACCACACAAGAAUGAUUGUGCGAAGUAUUAUCUCUGCAAUUUUGGUAAACUUUCCGAACGUUCUUGUCCUAAUGGACUUUAUUGGAAUGAGAAUCGAUGCGACUGGCCGGAAAAUAGCAAAUGUAAAAAGGAACAGAGGCAACGUCAGACAAGUGACACGUUUAUGACUUUAUCCCUUAGAAAGAAAAACUUUAAAAAAGUCAUUUGUUACGUAACGAGUUGGGCUCAGAAAAGACAAAGCGUAGAAAGAUUUAUUGCACAGGACUUAGAUUUAGAUCUCUGCACACACGUCGUCUACGGUUUCGCGAUAUUAGAUGACGAAAGUUUAACGAUAAAAAUGCCGGACUCUUGGGACAUGAAGGAUGAAAAAUUCUUGAGAGAUAUGAUAUUGUUGAACGCUCAAUCUUCGAAUCCUGCUAAAAUAUCGAUCGCUUUAGGAGGUUGGAAAGAUUCUCAUGGCGACAAAUAUAGUAAAAUGGCGAGUGAUUCGGCUAACAGAAGGAAAUUUGUCGAUAGCGCAAUUAAAUUCUUGAACAAAUAUAAAUUCGAUGGUCUUAAUCUCAUUUGGGAAUAUCCAGUAUGUUGGCAGGUAAACUGUAGCAGCGGACCUAAGAGCGAUAAAUUAGCCUACAUCCAUCUUCUUCGAGAUCUUAAAACGGCCUUGAAACCUCAUCGAUUACUUUUGUCAGCCGCAGUUUCGUCAAGUAAAAAAGUGAUCGAUCUUGCUUACCAAGUUCCAUUACUUUCUGAAUAUCUCGAUUGGAUCGAUGUUAUGUCCUAUGACUAUCAUGGUUAUUGGGAAGGUCAAACUGGUCACGUGGCACCAUUGUAUCAUUGUUCGGCUAACAAAGAUCAAUAUCUGAAUGUAAAAUCCAGUUUGAAAUAUUGGAUUGAAAAGGGUGCAUCUUCGGAAAAACUUAUCCUAGGUAUCCCAGCAUACGGACAAUCAUUCACUUUGUCCAAAGACGCGUUACCAUUAACCGGGAGAGGUUCCAAUUUCUUUCCUUUGAAGUCUUCCGGACCUGGACAAGCUGGAAAAUUCACGAAAGUACCAGGAUUCCUUUCUUAUUACGAAAUAUGCGAUAACGUAAGAAAUACUAGAUGGAACGUAACCAAAGAUCCAGAACGUUGUGUUGGAUCGUAUGCAAUGAAGGAUGAUCAAUGGGUUAGUUAUGAUGAUGUAUCAAAUGUAUUCAAAAAGGCCGAUCUUAUAAGAGAAUUAAAUCUCGGCGGAGGAUCAAUAUGGUCGCUUGACUUGGACGAUUUCUCUGGAAAUUGCGGCUGUGGAAAAUAUCCUCUAUUGACUGCAUUAAAUCGUGGGCUCGUUCAAGAGAAACUACGAAUGGCGGAUUGUACAUGAAAAUAGAAUCUUAGAUGCACCAUACAUUUCUACGAUAAUUCGUAUAGCGUACAACGGUAGUAACAGUAGAACAAAGCAUUAUUCGUCUUUCUGUGCUUUUCUUGUUGUCUUUCAUGUUGUCUUAUCCAGAUUGCACGUUCUGAUAAUGAACUAAUAUUCGAUAUUAUAAGAAGUAAAUGAUUUGGCAAACUUUUCCAAGGGACACAUUUCGCAGUUAAUUAUUCGUUCAUUUCAUUCAUUCAUCAUUCAUUCAUUCGUUCAAUGUCUUUAUCUUUUAAUUGUGUCGUUUGAGAAAACUUUGACAUUAAUAAUACAAAACAAAUUGUAUAUGAGCCAUCAUAAUAUCUUCUUUCAAAAAUGUGUCAGUAUAAGUAUUUGUGAUAUGUAAAGUGUAAUUAAAACGUUACGUUAAGUUCGCUCAAUGGUGUGUAAACAAAAAAAAAUUAUUAAAUUCGUUCAAGGCUGCUAGAUUAUAAUCUGACAUAUUUCUGUAAGUAUAUGCUUUUUCUCAAAAAAAGAAAAAAGCAAAAAUAAAUAAAAAGUGAUAGAAAAUAAA